GAACAGUUUACAAAGAGAAAAGGAUAUAUUGGAGCGACUAGAUAUUCUACAAAGGCCUCCAAGAACCCAGGAAAGGGUGGAGGAGGAAAAAAGUCUACUCGAGGAACUGUCAAAGAUGUGGAGGGAGGAGAAGGCGUUCUGGAAUCAGUGCUCAAGAGUUAACUGGCUGCAGAAAGGGGGUCAGAAUAACUCCUUUUUCCACUCUAGCACGAUCCACGGAAAACAUAAGAAUAGAAUUCUUAGACUCAAGGAUGAAAGAGGGGAAUGGGUGGAGGAUGAAGAUGGGCUAAAAGGUUUGGCCCAGGAUUUCCACAAAGAGCUCUUUAGAGCUAGAGACCUUAUCCCCUUUGCCCACCUCCUGGACGGCUUCCCAGAAAAGGUUACAGAUGAGAUGAAUGCAGCUCUUUGUGCCCCAGUGACAGGAGAGGAAAUUAGAAAAGCGGUUUUCUCAUUGGGAGCAAAAAAGGCUCCAGGCCCGAAUGGUUUCUCGGGUAGGUUUUACAGAAGAUUCUGGAAUAUUAUUGGGGAAUCGGUUUGUAGAGAGAUUAAGGAGUUUUUUGAGACGGCAACUAUGCCAAAUGGAUGGAAUGAUACACAUAUCGUCAUGAUUCCUAAAGUAGACCACCCAGAGUUGAUAAGCCAAUUUCGACCCAUUAGUUGCUGCAAUUUUAGAUAUAAAAUUAUAUCGAAGAUUAUGGCAACCCGCUUGAAGAUCUGGACGCCCGAUCUAAUCUCGGAGCUCCAUACAGCUUUCACCAGUGGCCGGCUUAUCCAAGACAAUGUCAUUAUUGUCCACGAGGCCCUCCAUCAUUUCAAAAACCACAAGAGGGGAAGGAGAAGGGAUAUGAUGCUCAAGUUGGACAUGAAGAAGUCGUAUGAUAUGGUGGACUGGGACUGUCUCGAAGCUCUGCUGAAAAAUUAUGGGUUUGAUGAUAGAUGGUGUAGAUGGGUCAGCUCUUGUAUCAGGACAGUCAAUUUCUCCAUCCUCUUCAAUGGGGAAGCAGCAGAGGAGUUCAAACCGUCAAGGGGAAUCAGACAGGGAGACCCUCUCUCUCCUUUCCUCUUCAUUCUAAUGUCUAAUGCUCUUACCUUCCUGAUUGAUAAAGCAGUUUCCCAAAACCAGUUAAAGGGUAUAAGGUUGAACGCUAGAUGCCCAAUUCUCACACACUGUUUGUUUGCAGAUGAUAAUGUAAUCUUUGGUAAGGCUGAUCUUCAAGAAGCGGAGAAAAUUCUGGAUCUUAUAAAAGAGUAUGGGGCCAUCACGGGUCAAGAAGUGAAUAUCAACAAAUCAUCUGUUUUCUUCAGUGCGAAUGUACCCGAUGUGGACAAAGCAGCAAUCAUUGGUCACAUCGGGUUUGCCUCUUCUAACUGCCACACCAAAUACUUAGGAGUCCCGACGGAAUGGGGAAAUUCAAAGAAGGAAACUUUCCAAUUCCUGAUUCAGAGAAUGGAGAAGAUGGGUGAAGCAUGGAAAAGCCUCCUCCUCUCUCAUGGAGGGAAAGAAGUGUUACUCAAAGCUGUCAUUCAAGCUAUCCCUUCCUACAUCAUGUACCUGUUUAACCUCCCGGUGAACCUGACAAAGAAGAUGGACUCUCUCCUAACCAACUUUUUCUGGUCAGGGUCAAUGCAAAAAAGCACAAUGCAUUGGUGCAGGAAGGAUAUUCUUUGCGCACCAAAAGCAGAAGAGGGAUUGGGAUUCCGAAGCUUCAAAGAUUUUAACAUGGCCUUGCUAGCAAAACAAGCGUGGAGAAUCCUUAACUACCCUGAUGCCUUGUGGUGUCGGCUCCUGAAGGGCCUGUACUUCCCGAGAGGGGGAUUCAUGCAAUCGAAAAAAGGUAGUAGAUCAUCUUGGAUUUGGGCAAGUCUGUGGGAGGCAAAAAAGGUUAUCAACAUGGGAGCAAUUAGAGUUAUUGGUUCUGGAGAGGAUACUUGGAUUGGUCAAGAUCCAUGGAUUCCGAACCUCCAAAACUAUGUCAUUGGAAGUGGCCCCCAGCAAAACCUGAGGGUAAAGGAAUGGAUUGACCCUGUUAGUAGGAACUGGAACAUUGAUAUGUUGCAAGGUAAUGUGACGAGAGAGGAAGUGGCGGCUAUUCUUAAAGUCCCAACUGGGGAGGAGGGAUCUGAGGAAUUCUGGGCGUGGAGUCUCACCCGAGAGGGAGAGUUCUCGGUCAGGACAGCCUACCACGCUGUUCACAAAGCCAAUACAAAUUUCCAGUCGAAUGGUAGUGAAGAGAAGUGGAAAUGGAUCUGGGGACUGAAUGUCCCACCAAAGCUUAAAUUCUUUAUAUGGAGAUGUUUCAGAGACGGGUUGGCAACGAGAGCAAGACUAUUCCAACGCAAAUGUGCUCCUAAUCCGAAUUGCCAUGUGUGUCAUAACCCUAUUGAAUCCCUCAACCACUGCCUCUUCUACUACCCUCAUGCCAAUGAUGCUUGGACUAGCACUUUCCCAUCCCUUCCGGUUCCUCCUCAGGGCACCUCUUUCUUUGAUUGGUUUUGCUCCCUCAAAGAUACCAUCCCCAAAACUCCCUAAUUCAUAUUAUCUACCUUUGUUGGAACAUCUGGAAGGCAAGAAAUGAGUGCACGUUCAAGAAUCGAAUGCCCUGGCCCCCAAACGUUUGUCUGCAAACCUAUAGAGAGCUUACGGAAUGGAUUGCUUGCCCGAGGCCCCCACCUCAAGGUUCUGAUGGUCCCACUCAUCUCAGGGGAUCCCAUCCUACUACGAAUCCACCGCCAAGUAGCACUCGAUUGUGAUUCAAUGUGAUGGGUCGUUCUUUAGCGACCCCCAGUCGGCGGCAUAUGGUGUUGUUGUUAACCACCAUGGACAAGUGUGUGAUGGGAGAGCUUAAAAUCUUCUUUGUUCCACCCCGAUGGAAACGGAAGCUAAGGCACAUUUGGAAGGAAUUAAAUUAGCACAAGAAUA